GUAAGAAGAGAACAGCGGUGUGCCCGGGCUGCAGCUCAAAAAUCACGGACACGACAACCACAACAUCUACCUUUUAUCCGUUACUACAAAAGCCACAAAAGAAAGUCCUCUCUUCUUUGUCACCUUUUCGACUUCCUCCACCCACUUCUCUCACCGUCUCUCUCUCUCUCUUUUGUCUCUCUCUCUCUCUGUCUCUGUCUCUCUUUAGGUCUCUGUUGCUCACAUAUUGCAAGGUUUCCGACCUGUGUGGCAUGACAUCAGCCCCCGCGAUGCAAACUGAUUGCGGAGAAAUCAACGCUGGCCCCUAAAAACUUGAUCUAAAGAGGAGAUAGAACUAGAAGAAGAGGAGGAGGGAGGGAGGAAGAGCUGAUUUGGAAGACGAAGAGACGCAAAGACAGUCGACCAUGAUUCAGUCAAAUCACUCCAUCCACUCGGUCUUCUGCUGCUGCUGCGCCGUACAGACCAGGGAGAUCAGCACCCGCAUGGAGCUGGAGGGAAGAACCUCUCUGUGUUUCCAGAGCAGACGAGUCCCAGGGCACGCCUGCCGAGUGGACAGGUCGAGGAAGAAGCUCCCGCCGCCGCCUCCUGACGAUAACGAUGGUGAAGGUUCGGGGUUGCUAAGUGUCGUCGCCAUGUAUGACUUCAACCCCCAGGAGGACACUGACCUCACACUCAAACAGGGAGAAGAGUACGUCAUCCUCCACAAACAGGACCAGCUGUGGUGGAGAGCGCAGGACAAACACGGGAACAAAGGCUUCAUCCCCAGUAACUACGUGACAGAGAAAAACAAUAUCGAGGCAAACUCGUGGUACUGCAAGAACAUCACCAGGACAGAAGCCGAGCAGCUGCUGAGGCAGGAGGACAAAGAGGGCGGUUUCAUGGUGCGGGAGUCCAGUCAGCAGGGAGUCUACACCGUCUCCCUCUACACCAAAACAUUAAGUUCUAAUGGGGAUAUUCGGCAUUACCAGAUCAAAAUAAGUGACACCGGAGGGUUUUUCUUGGCGGAGAAACACACCUUCAGCUCCAUACCUGACGUCAUACACUACCACGAACACAACGCAGCAGGUCUAGUGACCAGGCUGCGAUAUGCGGUGGGGCCAAUGGGAAGGUGUGUACCUGCCACAUCAGGAUUCAGCUCAGAGAAGUGGGAGAUCAACCCCAGUGAGCUGACGUUCAUGAAGGAGCUGGGCAGCGGCCAGUUCGGUCUGGUGAGGCUCGGCAAGUGGAGGGCUCAGCACCGAGUGGCCAUCAAGGCCAUCAGAGAGGGAGCCAUGUACGAGGAGGACUUCAUCGAGGAGGCUAAAGUCAUGAUGAGGCUGUGCCACCCUAAACUAGUGCAGCUGUACGGCGUUUGCCUGCAGCAGCGCCCCCUGCUGAUCGUGGCCGAGUUCAUGGAGAACGGCUGCCUGCUGAACUUCCUGCGGCAGCGGAGCCGCGCCCUGAGGGACGCCUGGCUGCUGUCCAUGUGCCAGGACGUCUGCGAGGGGAUGGAGUACCUGGAGAGACAGAGCUUCAUCCACAGAGAUCUGGCAGCCAGGAACUGUCUGGUCAACGAUCACAACGUGGUGAAGGUCUGCGACUUUGGGAUGACCAGGUAUGUUCUAGACAACCAGUACACCAGCUCUAGUGGAACCAAGUUCCCCGUGAAGUGGUCUCCGCCUGAAGUUCUCCACUACAGUAAAUACAGCAGCAAGUCUGACGUCUGGUCCUUCGGUGUGGUGAUGUGGGAGAUCUACUCGGAGGGUCGGACUCCGUUUGAGACUCACUCCAACUUGGACGUUGUGAAUGACAUCACCAGAGGAGUCCGGCUGUACCGGCCGCACCGAGCCUCGCAGCCGCUCUACGCCAUCAUGUACCGCUGCUGGCACGAGAAACCUCAGGGACGACCGUCUUUCUCAGAGCUUCUGGAGGAAAUCAGAAAACUGGCAGAAAAUCCGGAUUAACACACACACACACACACACACACACACACACACACGUAUUAUAUUGCUGAUUGUCAAACUGUUAUGUUGUUGUUCUGUUAUCAUGAAUGUAAACAGACUGUAUGCUGACGUUGUAAAUAACUAUUUUUUUUAUUAAAACCUUUUUUCACA